ACUUCAUCUUUGUUAAGAUUACUGUUAAUACUGUAGAAGCACUUUCUAUUGUUGAUUUCUGCAACUAUUUGAUGUCCAAUGCUUGGUGAUUUGGCAGGAUGAGAUUCAGAAAAAAACAGGCAACAUAGUAAUGCUAGAUGAGGGUAUAUUCGAUGUAGAUGCAAACACAUCUAUUGAUCAACUCUCAGAAGAUUUGAACAUCAAGAUGCCUGAGGAUCACCAAUACGAGACAGUAUCUGGCUUCGUAUGUGAAAAUUUUGGCUACAUCCCCAAGAUAGGUGAGAUCAUAGAAGUACCUCUUGAAAGAAAAAAUGAAGACGAUAACGAUGCCCCCAUUGCUGACCACCAGGAUCAGAAAGAGACUUUCAAACUUGAGAUACUAGCAGGAAACUCCAGAAAGGUGACCGCUGUUCAGUUUACGAGGAUUAAUGGUGGUCAUGAAAUGUUGGAGAAUAAAGAAGUAACUCGCAAGCCGACAAAGUUCAUGAAAAGAAAAUGGAGCAGGAGACGACACCAAGUUUGUAAGAAGUGCAUCUACAGAGAUUUCUAA